UGAAUUAGCUCAUUUUCGAUGGAUAAGAAGAGUCAACUUAUCUAGCUGUACUGAUUGCUAAAGGGACCUCAUAUGCUUCUAUACUUCAUCCUAUAAAGUCGAAUGAAUAUUUGGUGUCUUAAGAACACAAGUGUGUAGUAAGUGAUGAACAUGGGAUCUAGAAAUAUUUGGUUUCCAUGUCCAUAUCUGAUCUUGCUUUCCUGGUUCCUUUCUGCUCAUAUCUUCUUAGCUAUGGAACAAAGAUCCACUUACAUUGUCCACCUUGACAAGUCCUUAAUGCCAAAUGUCUUUGCUGAUCACCAUCAUUGGCACUCUUCCACCAUUGAAUCCAUCAAAGCUUCUGUUCCUUCAUCAGAAGACAGAUUCCACUCUGCUCCAAAACUUGUUUAUUCUUAUGACAAUGUGUUUCAUGGCUUCAGUGCUGUUUUGUCCAAAGAUGAACUGAAAGCUUUGAAAAAGUCACCAGGUUUCAUUUCAGCAUACAAAGAUAGAACUGUGGAACCUCACACUACUUACACAUCUGAUUUCCUCAAGCUCAAUCCUUCAUAUGGCCUAUGGCCAGCUUCUGGUUUAGGCCAAGAUAUGAUUGUGGCUGUUCUUGACGGUGGAAUCUGGCCCGAAUCCAUGAGUUUCCAAGAUGAUGGUCUGCCAGAAAUCCCCAAAAGGUGGAAAGGAAUUUGUAGGCCCGGUACCCAGUUUAACACUUCCAUGUGCAACAGAAAACUCAUUGGGGCUAAUUACUUCAAUAAGGGUAUUUUGGCGAAUGAUCCCACUGUGAACAUCUCCAUGAAUUCUGCCAGGGAUACUAAUGGUCACGGCACACAUUGCGCUUCCAUUGCUGCUGGGAACUUCGCCAAAGGUGUUUCCCAUUUUGGAUAUGCACCAGGGACAGUAAGAGGGGUUGCUCCACGAGCUAGGAUAGCUGUGUACAAGUUUAGCUUCAAUGAAGGAACUUUUACAUUAGAUUUAAUUGCUGCUAUGGACCAAGCUGUUGCAGACGGUGUUGACAUGAUAUCUAUUUCUUUUGGUUACCGUUUCAUUCCCUUAUAUGAAGAUGCUAUAUCAAUUGCCUCUUUUGGAGCUAUGAUGAAGGGAGUGCUAGUUUCAACAUCAGCUGGAAAUCGAGGUCCAAGCGUGGGAAGUUUAAGCAAUGGAUCUCCAUGGAUCUUGUGUGUGGCAUCAGGCCACACUGACAGAAAAUUUUCAGGAACUUUGACUUUGGGAAAUGGGUUAAAAAUUAGGGGAUGGAGCUUAUUUCCUACAAGAGCCUUUGUCAGGGAUUCUCCAGUGAUUUACAACAAGACUCUGGCCACUUGUGAUUCAGUUGAAUUGUUAUCGCAAGUUCCUGAUCCCGAAAGCACCAUCAUCAUCUGUGAUUAUAAUGCAAAUGAAGAUGGUUUUGGUUUCACCAUUCAAAUUUCUACCGUCAUUCGAGCAGGACUGAAAGCAGGCAUCUUCAUCUCUGAGGAUCCAGGAGUGUUCAGUUCUUCUUCUUUUCCCUACCCGGGAGUUGUGAUUGACAAAAAGGAAGGGAAACAAGUCAUUAAUUACGUUAAAAGCAAUGUUGCUCCCACGGCCACUAUCACGUUUCAAGAAACAUAUGUGGAUGGUACGCCUGCCCCAGUUCUUGCUGGAAGCUCAGCACGAGGGCCCUCCAGAAGCUACUUGGGCAUCGCAAAGCCAGAUAUUAUGGCACCAGGGGUACUAAUUCUUGCAGCAUUUCCACCAAAUCUCAUUUCAGUAAGUAUUCAGACGAACUUAGACCUAUCCAGUGAUUACGAACUUAAAUCAGGCACAUCCAUGGCUGCUCCUCAUGCUGCUGGAAUUGCAGCAAUGCUGAAAGGUGCACAUCCUGAAUGGAGUCCUUCUGCAAUUCGCUCCGCUAUGAUGACCACAGCAAACCAUUUGGAUAGUAUUAAAAAACCUAUAAAAGACGAUAAUAACUGGGUUGCCACACCCCUAGACAUGGGUGCAGGGCAUGUUGACCCAAACAGAGCUCUUGAUCCCGGGCUAGUAUAUGAUGCCACUCCACAAGAUUACAUAAAUCUUAUAUGCUCUAUGAAUUUCACCGAAGAGCAAUUCAAAACAUUUGCAAGAUCAUCAGCCAAUUACCACAACUGCUCAAAUCCAUCAGCUGAUCUCAACUAUCCAUCAUUCAUUGCAUUGUACCCGUAUAGCCUGGAGGGGAACUUCACCUGGUUGGAGCAGAAAUUCAGGAGGACCCUUACAAAUGUCGGUAAAGGUGGAGCAACUUAUAAAGUGAAGAUAGAAACUCCAAAGAAUUCCACAGUUUCAGUGUCUCCACAAACACUGGUGUUCAAGGGGAAAAAUGAUAAGCAGAGUUAUAAUUUGACAAUUCGAUAUAUAGGUGAUAGUGAUCAGAGUAGGAACUUUGGGUCGAUCACUUGGAUUGAAGAAAAUGGCAACCACACUGUUCGGAGUCCUAUAGUGACAACUACCAUUAUUGAGGUAUGGGAUAGCGAAGACUAAGGCGAUCAGAUUCUUGAGAAGCAAGUACACUGUACAA